GAUACCAAAAUGAGCAAUCUUACUGGCUGGCAAACAGUCACGCGCAGUGCACGCUGCGCAACACCCAUGGUCUCUUUCAGCGGCUUGGACCAAUCAGCGAACAAUUAUAAGCAAUGUCAUGCUCGCAUGCGCACCUCCAUCAUCGCCGCGGCGCAGGGGCCGUCGGAGGAUACCCUCAUUGUGGACCGCAGGCGCUUGCUCGCGAGCGCAGCAAGUGCUGCAGCAGGGGCGCUGCUAGCCUCUGCAUGCCCCGCCUCUGCUGCAUCCAUUGAGGUGCUCGAGGAUGUCAAGGGCGUGGGAUCACGGGGCGCCCGCCCGGGUGACCUACUGCUGUUCCACUACGUGGGCCGGCUGGAGGGCUCGGGCCAGGUGUUCGACUCCACUCGCGGCGGACUGAAGUACCGUGACGGGGGGCCGGGCGUGCUGCGGCCCGCCGCCGUCGCACUGGGCGGCGGUCCCAUACCGGGCAUCUGUGAGGGCCUCCAGCAGGCCCUGACCGGCAUGUCCAUCGGCGGGCGCCGCACCGUGCGCGUGCCGCCCGAGCUCGGGUUUGGCGGCGCAGCGGUGGGCGCGCCGUACGCCAUCGUACCGGCCGGCAGUACACUGGUGUACGAGGUGGAGCUGCUGCGGCUGUCAGCGACGGGUCCGGACCAGCUGACCAGGGGCAUUGCCAAGUGCGGCGCGGGCGGCGCGGGCCAGCAGGACGAGAACUGCGGCGCCAUCAGUCUGGCGGAGUUCCUGUGAGAGCGUUGACCGCAGCAGUGCAGGAGCAGCUGGAGAGUGAGACGGAACAGGCCGAGUGGGCGCGAUGGGACAGGUUGGCAUGGUCUCGUAGUGUGUUCCCAGAACCCAACAUUUAACAAGCAAUUUGUGAGGUCAAGCGAAGAGUGCGGGGCUGGUCGAAAACCCCAGUUACUGUACCGACGCGUCGGUCGCUCGCAGUCAAGCCGUAUGGGCAGAGUGCGGCAGGAGCUAGAGAAGACUUGGCACUUGGACAUGGAGCUGGACUGCUGGAGGGAGGCUGGGACGUAGCGGAGGUGUGCUGAGUCCGUGCACGGAGGCAGGAAGGGACGAUGACACGCGGGGGGCAUGUAAAUUCGAAUCCCUUUGCAUGAAGCCAAUGGCACCGUUUGCCAAUGCCCACACCGCCAAUUAGAUGCGCGGCCUUGGUCAGUGUGGUGGCAGCUUGACAUUAGGUCUUGCUUCCCGCGAACACCGCGGACACAAUUGGAUGUAGGACAGUGGAAUGACCACAAGGGGGAAUGGGGGAAUGACCACGAGAAUGCGACAUUUGGGGCGUGGGCGCCUUUGCUCAUCAACGCCGAGCGCAAACUAGCGGCGCCGGACUGUGGUCACGGACUGUGGUCCGCUGUGAUCUCUCGAUCUCCGUGCGGUUUUGUGCUGUGCCCAGGUCCUUUCAUGGCCAGGCAUAUGUAAUAACAAGAAACA